AUGUCUUAUAACUCACAAGGAAAUCGCAUUCCUGGUCGUGAUCGAGAUAGGGAAAGACCAAGACAAGGCUCCUCCAAACCUUCAUCUCGUGACAGAGAGAGGGACAGAGGCAUUCGUCCUCCUUCCUCCUCUUUCGGUCAUCCAGAUGAUUCAUACCGUCGCCAGGAACAACGCGAUUAUUUUGGUUACCGAAGCAACUAUCGAAAGCCUGGAUAUCAGGGAAAUAGGAAAAGAGAGAGCUACGACAAAUACCGUCCAGGCAAUAAGAACAAACCUUCGCGUCCAUGGAACGACAAACGAAAACCAGGGCCAAAUGAUAGAUCCAGAGAGCGCUCAGAGUAUAAGCCUGAAGAAAGGAGACCGUCUCAAGAUGGCAAAGAGAGAUUUGAGCUGAAGAACCUGGCCUUUCGAGAUCGUACCGAGAAAGCGAGUCACCGCAACUCAGACCCUGCUCCUAGAGUAGCCACUGAGAGAUCUGAAACGCGAGUGGGCUCUCUGACAAGCGACAGCAAGGUUAAUCAACUUACUAAAACAGCUCGCAUGCCUGAGAUCAAGGACGAAAAGCUCCUUCAUCUUUUUGAUGAUGAUGUCAAGGAAGAGCCAACCCAGACGAGCCUGGCCGUUGAUACUAAGAAGAGCGAGCCAGAGGGUAAAAAGAAGCAUGAUGAGAGCAAUCCAAAGGAGAACUCAAAGUCUGAAGUGAAAGUUCCUGAGAAGCUGGUCUCUCUAGAAAAACGGGAGUUUCCUGAGAAAAAGGGUUCCUUUGAAAGAUCAAAUUCGAUGGAGGAGAAAAGUUCACUUGAAAAGAAGGAAUCUGUUGAAAAGCAGGAGUCUUCUACGCAGAAGGAGACCGUUUCCAAGCAGACAGUUCCUGACAAGCCGGAUUUGAUAAAUAAGAAAACACCUGAUAAUCAAGAUGGUGACCAUCAGAAGAAAGAUAAUAGAAAGGGGGUUGACGUUGUGGGCCGUGAAGAGACGAAUUCUAAGCCUGACCAAAAAAGCCAAAUCGAUGGGAGCGUUGAAAGUGAGGUGGAGUCAGAGGCUGAGACGGUGAUAACGAACGAUCCUAUCUCCACUGAAGUUGCCAAGCUGUUGGUCCGCAAACGUGGAGUGGAUGAAGAACGCAGACGACUCAAACGCAAAAUAAUAUACUCAGAUGAGAGUGAUGAAGAAAGUGACGAAGGAAAUAAUGACAACGAUGAUUCAUACCGCCCUUCGUCUUCUCAAAGGCCGACAGAGGAGCAGACAGCCUCAUUGGAUAGCAAUACUACCCCUUCUUUGACUCAUCCAGGUCUGAGACGUCGAAGAAGCUCCAACGAUUCGAGGAAGUCCGCCAAUCGUUCAGGCCUCGACUCUUCAGAUGAAUCAGAAAAGGAAGAAAUCCAACAACGGCAAAAAUCGAAACAAGAGUCCAAACCAUCAACAUCCUACAAGAUGAAGAGAGACUCUACAGGGCGCUCCUUACUACAACGAGCAUGCAAAAAAGGAGACCUUGAGGCAGUGAAAAACCUCAUUGCUAGAGGGGCGGAUGCUAAUGAGAGCGAUUUUGGUGGUUUCACCUGCUUACACGAGGCUGCAUUGGCGGGUAAUACUAAAAUUGUGGAGUUUUUAAUCAAAAAGGGUGCCGAUGUCAACAAGCAGGCUUUGGAGGCAGGCGACUCAGAAACACCUCUCAUGGAUGCGUCCGAAAACAAACAUGUCGAGACCGUCAAAGUCUUGCUUGCUCAUGGUGCUGAUCCUAAUAUCACAAAUGUUGAUGGAUUUUCAGCUUUGACGAAGCUCUAUCAUCUUCAGACUGAAGAAGAUAAUUAUGACGAGGUGAUUAGCCUCCUUAGUGCAGCAGCAGAUGAGAAGCAGUCGCUGAAGGCCAUUUCACAGUCACCAAGAAAAGUUAUCGAGGAUCCCAAUGAGAACUAUUUCAAUGAUUUGACAAAAAAGAAGUCGUCUGCGAUUUACAAGUAUGUUGCCCAAGGCCUUAAGGAAGCUGCUGCAGAGGACUUCAUUCUUCACGGAUAUUCAUUGCUGAAAAAGCCCGAUAUUUUGAUCCUUGCGGCUCGUCAUGGCCAUACUGAAUUGGUUGAUAUUCUUCUCGGCCUCAACCCUGGUUCAUUCGACAUUAAUACCAAGAACAAGGCUGGCGUGUCCAUUCUAUUAGCAAGUGUGGGAAGGGGCAACUAUGAUGUUGUGAAACUUCUUCUAACAAGAGGAGCAGAUCCUCUGCUUAAGAGAGAGAAGGACAGCUUAAACGCACUUCAAAUCGCAAAACACUCUGCGCAACAUGAUCCAAGGGAAGUGUUCCUCAUUGAAAAGCAUAUGUCUGGGGAGAGCGAGAAACCGUCUAUACAACAUCCUCCAUCGAGUCCCACUCCUGAUGGUAAAAACUUACCUAAUCCAUCGCUUGUCAAGAAGGAAUCGGCGGAGAACCAUGAAGGACACACCUUCGAAGCAAUGGAAAAUGAAGUUGCAUCCAAGAAGCGUAAAAACCUGGAGGACAGUGACGCAAAAGGAGUAAAAAAGAGAAAGGAUGCUGUGAAGGCUACAAUCGAGGAAACUCAGGCUACUGGAGAGGAAGCGAAAGAGCUUGAGAAAGCGCUUCUCGGAUCUCCAUCGGGAGAAUCAAAGGAUAAGUCGGCAGAGGAACAUCGUGCCAAGAUCCACCACACCGCUAGCAACAUAUCGUUAUCACCAGGCCCUACAACUAAAGCACAAGAGGAGCAGAAACAGAAGGCUUUGGAAGAAGCCAAGAUUUGGCAAGAGAAGGUACAAGCUAAGAAGCGGGCACGUAAAGAAAUGUUUUUGCAAGCCGAAAAGGAGAAGGAACGAAAGCGUAAGGAAGACGAGGAGAGAAGAGCGGAGCUUGAGAAGCAAGAAAGAUUGAAAGCCAAGGAGGAUGAGAUCAAGAAAGCACAAGAGGCAGAGAAACUUGCGAAGGAUUUGGAAGUCAAGCGCAAGAAGCUUGAGACUGAUCUUAUUUUGCAAAAGUACCCCAUUGGUCUCAGGCAAUUUGUUUUCGGCCUGAAGGUGAGUGAAGUCGAGCGCCUCAAGUACAGCCCUCUCUACGUCUUUGAUGUUGGGGGAGGCAGCGCUGUGAUUGAUUUGCAAAUCUCCCUCCUUCUUGCUAAGCCAGUGUCUGACUUGCAUGAGCAGUGCGGCAAAAAAGACGGCGAUGUUAGGAUUCUAGAUCAAGAAGCGAAAACCAAGGUAUGGCCCUUGUUUUUCCCCAUGGUUGGUGUUGGCAAGAACCACCAAGUUGAAGCAGACGGACUUGCAAAGUUCGUGGGACUCCAGCUUUCUUUCUUACCGUACGAGGCAGCAGCAGAGUAUGUCAAAGCAAACGACGCAGGUCUUCACGAGAAAGUUUGGUCGGUCAAGAAAGAAACAAGAGUGAGCUUGGCUCUGUUGCCUGUGGUAGCGAGCCCCAGUACUGCAGCACCGGUCCACCCCCACCGUGGUCUGGAAAAUGGCGUAAGUCCAAAAGCGGGCUUUGUUCCGCCUAGAUGGAAGCUUCGCCAGGAUGUGGUUAAAACCAUCUGUUCGGCACACACGCCGUUGUGGUGA